AUGAGCUCUGAUAACCAAAUGCCAACACUGCGAGGAGGUACGCCUCCACCACCAUACUCGGAGUCAGAUAUCUACUCUGCGACUCCUCGAUCUCCACGUUCUGCCCCUUCCGCUGCCUGCUCCGGAUCUGUCUCCGUUCACGGCCCCACAGCUCCGAGGGACCAUGUCGCAACCCCAAUGUCACCUACUUCAACCACUGGAUCAGUCAUCUUCACUCCUGAAACAUCACCUACCGUAUCAGAAGCGGGUAUCGCAACGCCCGUUGGCCAUCAGAGCGCCCGUCUGCUCAGUUCAACACGCUACUUGGAGUCCCGACCUGCUCCAGCGUCAACGUCUAUAUGGGUGCCUUCGUCAUAUACCAUUUAUUUGACACCAAAUACCGUCCCUGAUGAUAUCCCUUAUCCUGAGCACUGGGCUGCCUACGAUAUCACACCUCAGGACUGGGCGACUUUUAUCAACUUUCUUUUGCCAGACCAUGAUUCAGUGGCGAAUGAAGCAAUUCUCGGUGGAAAGGCAAAGAGCGAAGAUGGUUCUGAUGUCAAGUCUACCAUUGCAGAUGGCAGCGUCAAAUCAGAAGGACAAGUACCUGAUCCUGAUGAAUGGCCCCGAAAACGUGCAGAAGCCGAGGCUCUGGUAGUCCAGUGGAACACUUCCUUCUUCUCGCCCAGAAAGGUAACUGUAACGCUUCAGCCCGAGCUGCCAGCACAAAUGCCUGGAGGAUGGGAGGCCGCAUUUGAAGACCCCCCAGAAGAGAUACCGCAAGAUGGACCGUCCUCACAGCGAGAAAUGCCUCAGCACAGAUCUGGAGGCGGCUGGGGAGGUUUCCAGAUGGAUGAACGUGGCAUUCGAUUUGGAAACAGUUUUGUUGCCGAUAGUAGCGGACUUCGAAUGGGAGGUCUCGUUGUGGACAGUCACGGUAUUCGUAUGGAUGGCCAAGAUGAUGUACCUUAUUUUGGUUCAAGCCGUCGACCCAUGCCCUUUACACCUGGACAUCAUCCGCGUGCUAGAGGUAGAGGUCAUGCAGCAGGCAAUUUUGGCCCUACUCGAGGACGAGCAACUCAUCACUGCCAUAGCGGACAACGUCGUCGCUCCUCCUCGCCAUCUUCAUCAUCAUCGUCUGAUUCUUCGAUUUCUUCCGCAAGCUCUGAGUCCAUUGGCUCACUUCCAGACCAAGACGACAUCAGGGAAGAGCAACUGCCCUUCUACAUCGCCCGUCUUGAGCAAUGGACCGCCAAUCCUCAUGAGACACGCAGCAAAGCGGAUGUCAAACAGCUCAAAGCUGAAUUGAAAGCAGAGAGGAAUAACGCAGUCGCUCUUGACCCGAGUCUUGACAAAAAGGCACUCAAGAAACAAACUAAGAUGCUCGUACAAGAAUGGAAAAGCCUGAAGCGUCAACAGAAGAAAGAACGAAAGCAAAGGAAGAAGGCAGAGAAGAAGGAGAAGAAACAGAGAAAGAAAGAACUGAAGGCAGCUCGCAGAGAUCAUCGGAGGGGUCACCGGAAUGAGCGGAGAGAGCAGAGAGGUCGAGGCCGAGGCCGAGGACAUUCGAAUCAUCAUCCAUUCGUUCCUGAAAUGCAGGCAUUUCAGGAUCAAGGGAUUCCUCUACGACCGUUUGAGGUGCGUGCCCCUCCUGUCAACGUUCCUCCUAUCAAUGUUCCUCCUGUCAUUGUUCCUGAGGUCAGGGUAAAUGUUCCUGGAGUCAGAGUACCACCGCCGGCUUGUGGCGGUUAUUGGCCACGCAGAUAG